GAUGUUCAGAAGGAGAGAGAACCUCAUGUUUAUCUCAGUAAAGAAGAAGUUAAAGAGAAGAUACAAAGCUAUAAUUCAUCUGUCACUGAUAAAUUAAAGAUGACCUUGAACGCGAAUGGGAUUUACACUGGCUUCAUCAAAGUUCAGAUGGAACUAUGCAGACCCAUCACUGUGCAGUCUUCCCAGAGCCAGGGGAGGAGCGCUCACGCCAAUAACGAAACUGCUUUUUACUUGCCCGAUGGCUGCGUGAAUACCCUCCACAUCAGCAGCACCAAUACUGUGCGUGAAGUUAUUGAGGCCUUGCUCAGAAAGUUUCUGGUGGCUGACAACCCUGCGAAGUUUGCACUUUAUAAACGCUGUCACAAGGAAGACCAAGUUUAUACAUGCAAGCUGUCAGACCGAGAACAUCCCCUCUACUUGCGUUUGGUGGCAGGCCCCAGAACAGAAAUGCUCAGUUUUGUUCUACGUGAGCAUGAAACUGGAGAAGUCAUGUGGGAAGCUUUUACUAUUCCUGAACUGCAAAACUUCUUGCGUAUACUGGACAAAGAGGAAAAUGAGCAACUGCAAAUCUUAAAGAAGCGUUACGCAGCUUACAGAGACAAACUUGAAGAAGCCCUUGGCGGGGUGUGGAAACCUGGUUAAAAGGGGGCCAAAGGACACUCAGGAAAAUGCACGCUACCAAAUGUCAGUAUAGCAUGCCAAACCCAACAUACAAAGAGCAGCAGAGAGUAGUUUUCUUUAUUCAGAAGACUGUUUUGUGAUGCCAGGGUACCUGAAUUUUGCUAUAGACUUAGUUCCGUAAACCAGGUCACUUAGCGUCUUGCACCCACAAGUAAGGGAUUCUGCAUGUUCGUGCAUCAGUUUGCAACCCUCCGCGUGCCUAGAGAGUUUUCCAAGUUACCUUGGUGCAAGCCGUGAAACUGUAAUCAGUUUUCUAGGAUGCUAUGAAUGAAGAUUUUAUUUUUUUUUUCUUCUUUGCUUUAAUGGUAGCUUUACAAGUAAGGAUGUGCAAAUUGGUGGGUUAAAAGAUGAAUUAAACUGUCGAGACAAGAAUUAGUUGGAGCACUAUCUUUGAGAUUAAAUUGAUUUGCACUACCUUUCUGUUUUCCAAUAGUUACUGUAUAAUUUGUGAGAGAACCGUUAGAGAUGGAAGGCAUAUGAGAUCCUGUGGUUUGUUCUGUGAAAUUUGUGGAAGGCUUUAAAGUGCUCUUUCUGGAGAGAGGGUAAAGAGGAAGUUGAAAAGAAGGCAAGAGGUGAGCGAGGAGAACUCUAAUAGAUGACAGGAGAGCUGGUUUUAAAUGGAAAUAGUAUUUAUACAGAGGAAAAUUGAAAUAGUAAUUCUACAAGAUUAAAGUUUUAGGAUGUUAUAAUAUUGUGAAUAAGUUUUAUGUUUUUUUAACUGCAU